AUGAGGCUACUUGUCACACCCGCUAUUGCUCUCGCCCUACUCGGCAACCUCGCCGUCGGACAAAUCUGCCCUCGAUCCCUCUCGAUCCGCUCCGUCGAGGACUCCACGGCAAGCUUCCUUGAUCUCCUCAACCUCUCCGACCGGCCCAACCCGCUGUCCCGCUCCAUCGAACCCAGACAGGGGCUAGGCUGGGACCCACGAGUUUCCAUGCCCAGAGGACCAGUCUGCAACUCAGGAGACGGCUACACGGUAGCUCAGUGCGAGAUCGACAUCCUCAAGGCCAGAGGAUGUAAUGUGCUCGCAUGCGUUUCUGCCGCGGCAGCUUGCCUUGCCUCCUGUGCAACGGCUGCGGGACAAGGUGCACUUGGUACGUAUACGCUAGGAGCAGCGUUUCAUAAGUGGCAUAAGGAGAAGCUGAAUGAAAUCAAUGCUUCUAGAUCCCAUCGCUGA